UCUUGUUGGUUCUCCAUCAGAUACUGCUGUGCUGUGAAAGUUGGUUCAGUCACACCUUUCAAGCAUCAGCAAAAGUUUCUGUUGAAUCCUGCUCUCAUUCUCUCCACUAAAGCAAGUACGGCAACGUGUGACUUUUAAGGAUGGAAGAAGAAUUAAAUUAUUCUACUGUGGUUUUCAAAAAUGGUGGCAAACCUCCAAAAGUUCAUCAACCAGAGAAAAAUGAAGACUCAACAAUUUAUUCUACAGUAAAAUCUAAAGGGCCUCCAACUGCUGCACCAACAGAUGGCGAACCAGCCGCACACUCUCAGCACUCUUGCCUGUUGGUGGUGUGUUUGGGAAUACUUUGUGUCCUUCUGGUGACGAGCAUCAGCGCUAUCAUCUACAUCAGUAUGUUAAUGAAAGAACAGAAAGCAAACUACAAAGCAAACCUGAUCAACCUCACGACAGAAUAUCAGCAGCUGAUGAUGGAGAAGAGCGUCUUAGAGAAUAUGACAGAGGAGCUGAGCAGAGACAGAGAUGAUCUCAACUGGACGCUCAGUGUCAUCCUGAAAUUUAACACCUUUCCAGUAAAUGAAUACUGCCCUGAGAAAAAGUGUCAACCGUGUCAGAAAGGCUGGAUUCUAUUCCAGGAAAAGUGCUAUCUGUUUUACACGAAAGUUCUUUGGUUGAAAUGGCAAGAGAGCCAAAAGUAUUGCCAAAAGACAGCAGCACAUCUGGUUGUUAUUGAUAACCUACAAGAACAGGAAUUCAUCACUAAUCACAGCAAGUACUACUACGACAGAUUUCAUGGAUACUGGAUCGGAUUACAUCAAACCUCUGAUACAGACUGGCUCUGGGUUGAUGGACGCAAUGACACUCUGGGGUACUGGAUGAAGGAUCAACUUGGUGACGAUGGUCCAUGUGCACUGAUGAUCCCUAGGAAAAACCCAACAGCCAGCUGGGACCCAGCAGACUGUGUAAUGUACAACAGAUUCAUCUGUGAGAGUGACGUCCUGACAAGGUCCAAUUAGGUAACUAGUAAUAUUUGUUUGCUUAGUGUAUUCCUACUCUACAUGUUGCCUGCAAAUUACAUUUCCAAAAUUGUAUCACCAGUUCUUAAAAUGAGAAAUUUCAAACAUAUAAUCUCCACUGGAGAUUAGGACUCACAGCCCAGCUAGCACUCAUUUGUUGGGAUGGAGGUUAGAGAAUUGAAUCAUCUGUCAAUGUAAUUAUCUUUGAAUUAAAGCAAUUAGAUAUCAAUUACCUUUACUGGGAAUAUACUUUCAUUAUAGAUAUCGGACUAAAUAUAUUGGACUUGUACGCAUCCACAAACUGUUGCAGCAAACGUCUGUUUCUGUGUUCGUCGUGUUGCAUGUUGUGCACUGAAAAGUGUGGAAAUUUGUUUUGCACAUUGCGACAUUAUAACAGAUUUGUCAUAGAUAAAAAAAAAUGUUGGUCUACUUGGAGAACCUUUACGCUUGUUGACAUUUUGAUUCCCCCAAUUUUUGUAUCACUGAAUAUAGGUUAUUACUGGAUAUGAGCCUUAUCAUAUUCUUACCAUACAAGAUGGUCGUAUUGCAUUUCACAUGCACACUGUCCCUAGGCUACCGUGCUUCAUAUUAGGGUGGAAGCAGGCCGUGUGGGCAAAUGAUCUAAAAGUAAGAACGGAACAUGCAAUAAGGUAAUUUCACAUUCAGAAACACUGCAUGCAUUUAAUACGUCAUUUGUGUCAAAUCUGUCAUGAGCUGUUGACAAACUGUUGACACACGAUGUUGUGGGUGAAAGAAAUUGGAAGUAAGUGCUAAAGAGAUUGUAAUUUUUACAUGGUUAGAGAUAACAAAUUGAAGGCAGUAGUUGUCCCCACUAUGAAGUUAAGGUCAAUCCGUAUCAAUAUUCUUUCUAUUUGUAUAAUGAAUUCCUUUUUUUUUUUCUUUUUAUUGUAAUUCUAUGGUGUCGUUUUUUCUUGUUUAAGCCAAUAACAGAAAUAUGAAAUCUGUAAAUCUGAAAGAAUCACACAAGUGGAGUUUAAUGUGCCAUUCAUUUGCAUAUAAAGUUCAGAAUUUGUUGUAAUAGUUUGUCCUUAUAAUAAAAAUACAGCAAAGUUGGCAGCUCCUUCGUAGAGGAGGUGCAGAAACUACAAUUAACUCUUUACAUUUCAUACUCGUUUUCCACUAAAAAUUCCCCAUGAAGUGGUCAACACAGACAACUUACUUUUAAUUGGCUGCACAAAUGUCAGAUUUACUUCUUUAUAAGUGUCAGCUUAGAAAAGCUGCAUUUGGGGCUGCACUGUAUGGAUGAGCUGAGAGUGCUGACUCAUCAAAACAAUGAUUUACAGCAUCAAAAUAAAAGAUUAAUUGGCUCAUUGAGCUGCACAUAUUUCAAGUUGUAGACAAUCAACAACCUUAAAAAAAAAAAAAAAAA